CUAGAAACAAGUACACAAUAAGGCUCACCUUGGAUUUUCUUUCUCCUGCAUUUUUCUUUCUCCCAAUUUUUCCUUUCGACUUUCUUAAUUCCUUACUCCACACAAACCUUUUCUUGUCGGAUCCUCUCCCCUUCAUAAUAUCAAUCCCUUCCCUCCCGUCGCGCGUCCUUGGUCUUGGAGACUUGGUUACCACUCCCUCGAAAAAUUAAUUGGAUUAGACGCUCACUUCCCGUGGUUCAUUCUGAAGAAAAGGGAAUAGAAGAAGAAGAAGAAGGGUAAAAGAAGAGAAAGGAAUUGAAAAAUAAAACAUAAAUCCUUGCAUGCCACAAUGACCGUAAAGGAUGCGGUGAAAGAGUCCUUGAUUGGCACCUCCGAUGAGUCGCAUCAGGCCAGGACCAAUUUCCUACGACAUGCGCGCAAAGAUGAGACCUCCGGGGAAUACUUCAUGACCGAGGACGACUUCGUCGAUGCGAUUGCUCCGAAGCACGAGGACUAUCAUAAAAUCAAGCGAGAACACUACGGCAUUCUGUUCAAUGUCGCCGACAAGCGGAGAGCUGGGAAGCUGAACUUGGCCGAUUGGGCCACCUUCGAGAACCUCCUGUCCAAGCCCGAUGCCGAAUAUGAGAUCGCCUUCCGACUGUUCGAUACCGAUGGGACCGGGACCGUGAAGUGGGAUACGUUCCACAGCCUGUACAGCCAGAUCAAGACCCAGGACAGCAUACCCUUCGACUGGAACUCGAACUGGGCCUCCCUGUACAGCGGACAGAGCAAGAGCCGGCAUGACAUGACAUACCCUCAGUUUUCCCAGAUGCUGCGGGGUUUGCAGGGUGAGCGGAUCCGCCAGGCGUUCCACAUGUUUGACAAGGAUGGCGACGGAUACAUCGAACCGCAGGACUUCCAGCGCAUCAUCCUCGAGACCUCGAAGCACAAGCUGUCGGACUACGUCUUGGAUCAGCUCCCGUCCCUGUGCAACAUCUCGGCCGGUAGCAAAAUCUCCUAUUCGACCGUUCGGGCUUUCCAGAAUGUCAUGCGCGAGAUGGACUUGAUUGACUUGAUCGUGCGCGAGGCGACCCUGAAGAGCGGCGACGGGAAAAUCACGCGCGCCGAUUUCUUGAACGAGGCCGCCCGGGCCACCCGCUUCUCGCUCUUUACCCCCAUGGAGGCCGAUAUCCUCUUCCACUUCGCGGGCCUGGAUGCUCCCUCGGGUCGUCUGGCCCAGAAGGACUUCGCCAAGGUGAUCGACGCCUCGUGGCGCAUGCCACUGGCAACUGCUGGGCAGGCUGUCGCGGCGGCGUCGGGUACCGCGCACAAAGCCGCGGACAAGACCAAAUCCAUUCUGUACAGCGUUCUCGAGUCCGUCCACCACUUUGGCCUGGGCAGUAUCGCGGGUGCCUUUGGCGCAUUCAUGGUUUACCCCAUUGAUCUGGUGAAGACGCGCAUGCAAAACCAACGGUCCACCCGCGUCGGAGAGCGGCUGUACAACAACUCGCUGGAUUGCGCAAAGAAGGUCAUUCGGAAUGAGGGUUUCACCGGCCUGUACUCCGGUGUCGUCCCGCAGCUGAUUGGCGUUGCUCCGGAGAAGGCCAUCAAGCUCACGGUGAACGACCUGGUCCGAACCCACUACACCAACAAGGAUACUGGCAAGAUCUGGUACGGCCACGAGAUCUUGGCUGGUGGUGCCGCCGGAGGUUGUCAAGUGGUCUUUACCAACCCCCUCGAAAUCGUGAAGAUCCGCCUGCAGGUUCAGGGUGAGAUCGCGAAAACCGUGGACGGUGCUCCCCGCCGGUCCGCGCUCUGGAUUGUGAAGAACUUGGGAUUGAUGGGCUUGUACAAGGGUGCCAGCGCCUGCUUGCUCCGUGAUGUCCCCUUCUCCGCCAUCUACUUCCCCACCUACUCGCAUCUGAAAACGGACUUCUUCGGCGAGACGCAGACCAAGAAACUGGGCGUGGUGCAGCUCCUGACGGCAGGUGCCAUCGCCGGUAUGCCCGCCGCCUACCUCACGACGCCCUGCGAUGUCAUCAAGACCCGCCUGCAAGUCGAAGCCCGCAAGGGCGAAGUCGGCUACACGGGCCUGCGUCACUGCGCGUCCUCCAUCCUGAAGGAGGAGGGCUUCAAGGCCUUCUUCAAGGGCGGACCCGCGCGUAUCAUCCGCUCCUCCCCGCAAUUCGGCUUCACCCUCGCCUCGUACGAGCUGCUGAUGAACUGGCUCCCGAUGCCCGGGUCGACCGCCGAACCCGGCCCCAGCGGCCACAUUGAGCCCGGUGUCGGCCUCCAGAGCGCCACCGCGCCCCUCCCCUACCUCCGAUCCCGAAACGCCCUCAAGCUGAUCCUUGACCUCGACGAGAACAUUGGUCGUGUGCGCAUCCCGACCGCUGAUAAGUGGCCGAAGUUUAUGCCCUCUUCGAAACAAUAAAUAAGCAUGUUGUUUUUCUUUUGUACUAAAUAGCGAUGAAUUUACCGUUUCAUUUGUUUCUUCUUCUUUAUCCUUUUUCUUCUUCACUUGUCUUUUCUUUUGCCUUUGAAUUGGAAAUACCUUUGCCGUUUUGACUCGAGUCAUUCCUCUGCGGUUUCCGAAAAACCACCCCCUCUGGGAUAUAUUUCCUUCCUCCCUGACCUACUUACUGCUAUUUCUCUCUCUCUGCACAUGCACACUGUAACAAAAGAUAGACACGAGGAGUUCCGACUCUUUCCCGCACGUUAUGUUUUUCUAGAACCCUUCUGCCUUAAUUUCUUCUCUUCUUUCUCUCGCGCAUACUAGUUAUACUAUCGUGGGAUGGAGUCAAGAUUAUUGGAUCUUUUCAUAUGUGCCUGUCUUGGGGAUGAGGGGUUCGCUACUAAAAUUAGACUCAUACAUGUGUAUAGAUAGG